AAAAAAAAAACCCUAAAAUCAAAACCAAAAAAAACACAGUAGCUGCUAAAUUACACGAAGCUAUAACCGAGUUUCCCCUUUGCAAUCAGUGUACUUAUUACUGAACUCAACUUAACCCAACUCAAACCUCGCCGGAAUAUUCACCGGAGUUAUUAUUCAACCGCCGAUAAUGACGGGGGCUAUGGAUGUGUCAGAGUCAGAACGUGAAAAUGUUGAAUGUGGCUCUCAGGAAAAAAAGACUGACGACACCCCCGGGAUGGGCACUUCUCAGAAAACUCGAGGAGGUGCUGAUUCUCGAUGUCGGAAAAGAAGCAAAUAUUUAUCUUACCCCUACACAAAUAGUGAACCAAGACUUAAAAGUUUUCCUGCUGAAACAGAAGAAUCAAAGACUCCAAGUCCCGCUCCUAAAGCAAAAGCUUCAAGCAAAACCAGUAAAGCUACAAACGGAUCUCUUUCAUCAAAUAAAUUGGGUGGCACGAGGUUCCAAAAUAAUUGGUACAGAAAAUUCAUUAGCUGUAGUAAAAUGUCUAGCAGUCCAAAGUUCUUCGGUGCAUCUUCCAGUGACUUACUGUCAGGACUGCACUCUUUAGCUGUUGGUAGUAUGUCUCCAAUUAAAGAUAAGAGGUUUGAUAUGGUUGAGUGGUUUUUUUGCAAAUAUAGAAUAUCAAAGUAUCACGAUGAGACUGAACUUGCUACUUCCCUGUUUAAUCUGAAUGAAGGGAAAACAUCGAAACCUGUGGACAAUGGUGUUAUGGAUACCAAAAGUGAGAAGAAGAAAAAGAACACUCAAACAGAAAAUGCAGCAAGGCGUAAGAUGAAAUCUCUUUCUGGCCUAUCCAGUACGAAUACUAAUGUCUCUACUGGCGAUUGCACAGGUUCGGAGAAAAAAUCCAAACAAAAGAGGAAGGUGGAAGAAAUAACUUCGCAGCCUCAGCUACAAAAUGCAGAGACCACUUCCCAAAAUCAUAAUUUUCCGUCUUCUGAGAAAAAGAUCAAGCCUAAAAAGAGACCGAAGUUGGAAGCUGCACAAGAGCAUCAAGGUGCUCAAUCUGCUUCGCAUUUGGAUGCAAAACGUAUCGAAUGCAACUCACUAGUUGUCGAUUUGCAGGUUAUUCCCCCACCUAUGUCUGUCAAUUCUCAUCAGAAAAGUAAUGGCGAAAUUAAAGAAGAACAAGUUUCUAAUGUUUCGAAUCCAAAGUUACGUGUCUCCCAAAGCCAACUUGAUGGAAAUGUUACCCCUAGUAACUUGUUAGGGAGCACAUCAAAGGCUAGUACUGUCGCCCCUGAAGAAGGGCUUGUAGGAAAUAUUACCAACCACAACAUGUUGAAUGAUACUACAUCAGUUGUUGACAAUGUCUCAAUAAAUAAAACAGGGAUGGAGGUAGCACCAGAGGAGCGUCCAAGAAAGAUACCUGAUUUGAACAGUAUUAGCUUUGAAACAUGUUCUACGAGAAAAGAGUCCGAGAAUGUCAACUUGCUUUCACCUGAAUUGCAGUCACAAAACCCAAGAAGUUUAUCUGCUUGUUCGAGAAUUACCAAAGCUGUAAAUCUUGAUAGAGUGGAUAUCAUUGGAGAAUCACCUGGAACCUUUCUCUUCCUACAAUUUGCUCAAGGACCAGGAGUUGAUAUCCCAUCAAACGAGGAUUUGUUGAAAACAUUUUGCCAGUUUGGUCCUUUGAAAGCAACCGAAACUCAUUUGAUAAAAGACAACACCAGUGCUCAAAUUGUUUUUGUUAACAACACAGAUGCUACUGAAGCAUUGCGUAGUUUAGAGCAUAACAAACCAUUUGGUGCAACUCUUGUGGGCUACAGGCUCCAUUAUCCUCCUGCUGUGGCGGCUCCACCAUUGGACUACUUCAGGACUCCAAUUCAGCCAUCUAUCUCUAUGUCAAUGUCUGGUGAGACACCUCCUCCCAUUCAGGUUAUUAAGCAAAAGUUGCAGAUGAUGUCAUCAGUGCUGGAGAACUCAGGGAAUAAUCUUUCACCCGAGACGAGAGCCAAAUUGGAAAAUGAAAUAAAUAAUCUGCUGGGAAAGGUGAAUUCUAGGACUACUAGAGUUUGAAAUAUUAGCAUGUGAAGUUAUCCUAUUUAAAUUAAGCAUCAUUGUAGUGAGAAUUAUAUGUAGAUUAUGUUAGACUAGUUUGGGUUUCUGUUCUAGUCCUUCGGUUGUUUUGCUCUGCUGGACUUUCCUACCCAUUCUUUGAUUUUGCACAAAAAUGGCGCAAGGGGAUAUGUAUUGCUGAUUGUCAUUUGACUACCAUCCCAAAUCAAAUAUUUAUCAAAUCUUUCAUCCAUAUUUAUGGUGUGUUUUGGUAACUCCCUUUAAAGACAUUUUUUAUUGAUUAAAGUACAAAUGUGUCCCAUCCUAUUAUACGGAUCUCAUGUAAAUUUGAUGAGAUCCAUAUAUAUUUAUUCAAUAGAAAUGGUGUUGAAAAGUGUAUCUUUGAUAUUGUAUGGCUGCACUUUUUAUUUAUCUAUUUAUUUUUGAACUUGAAUAUGAUACUCCUUCUAUUUCCAAGAACUG